GUGUGGACAGAAAUCCAGUGAAACAAGACCAUGACAAGUCACUGGCCAGCUCAGACGUGUUUGUGUUUCUCUUUUCUUAGCUCAGUGAGUACCGGGUAUGUGUCACACUGCCAAAUCCCCGAUCACAAGUCUCCAUGAACUGGCGGUGAGCUGGGAUAAUAAAACCCCUGACAUCACCAUUCCAGAAGCUUCACAAGACUGCAUAUAUAAGGGGCUGGCUGUAGCUGCAGCUGAAGGAGCUGACUAGCCAGCUGACCCCUGCAUUCACUUAGCAGCCAUGGACAUCGCCAUUCACCACCCCUGGAUCCGGCGCCCCUUCUUUCCUUUCCACUCUCCCAGCCGCCUCUUUGACCAGUUCUUCGGAGAGCACCUGUUGGAGUCUGACCUCUUCUCAACAUCCACUUCCCUGAGCCCCUUCUACCUUCGGCCACCCUCCUUCUUGCGGGCACCCAGCUGGAUUGACACUGGACUCUCAGAGAUGCGUAUGGAGAAGGACAGGUUCUCUGUCAACCUGGAUGUGAAGCACUUCUCCCCAGAGGAACUCAAGGUCAAGGUGCUGGGAGAUGUGAUUGAGGUGCAUGGCAAGCAUGAAGAGCGCCAGGAUGAACACGGUUUCAUCUCCAGGGAGUUCCACAGGAAAUACCGAAUCCCAGCUGAUGUGGAUCCUCUCACUAUUACUUCAUCCCUGUCAUCUGAUGGAGUCCUCACUGUGAAUGGACCAAGGAAACAGGCCUCUGGCCCUGAGCGUACCAUUCCCAUCACUCGUGAAGAGAAGCCUGCUGUCACUGCAGCUCCCAAGAAGUAGAUGCUCUUCCUAAUCGCAUUUUUUAAAAUAAGAAAGUUUCCCUACCAGUGAAUGAAAAUCUUGUGACUACUGCUGAAGCUUAUUAAUGCUAAGGGCAGGCCCAAAUUUUUAAGCUAAUAAAAUAUCAUUCAGCAACAGA